CCGCUCCGCAAGCGCCCGCUGCGCGCGCCCUCCCCGGAACCCGCCGCCCCCCGCGGCGCCGCGGGCCCCGUUGUCACCCCGGAUCCCCUAGGCGGCGGCUCCGACUCCCCGGCGGUCCCCGCGGCCCCCCACGGACUGGCCCGGCCAGAGGCGCUUUACUACCAGGGACCUCUACUGCCCCUGUACCCGACCCCGACCAUGGGGUCCCUCUUUCCUCUCCUGAACGUGCCUACACCCCUGUACCCCAUGGUGUGCUCCAUGGAACAUCCCCUAUCGGCUGACAUCGCCGUGGCCACCCGUGCAGAUGAGGACGGAGACACGCCACUCCACAUUGCCGUGGUGCAGGGCAAUCUGCCUGCUGUGCAUCGGCUUGUCAACCUCUUCCAGCAUGGGGGCCGGGAGCUGGAUAUCUACAACAACCUACGACAGACACCGCUACACCUGGCUGUGAUCACCACACUGCCAUCUGUGGUCCGGCUCCUCGUGAUGGCCGGUGCCAGCCCCAUGGCACUGGACCGUCAUGGCCAGACCGCAGCCCACCUGGCGUGUGAGCACCGCAGCCCGACCUGCCUCCGGGCCCUGCUGGACAGCGCAGCCCCGGGCACCGUGGACCUAGAGGCCCGCAAUUACGACGGGCUCACCGCCUUACACGUGGCCGUGAACAUGGAGUGCCCCGAAGCCGUGCUGCUCUUGCUGGAGCGAGGCGCAGACGUCGACGCGGUGGACAUUAAAAGCGGCCGCUCCCCACUCAUCCACGCAGUGGAAAACAACAGCCUGAGCAUGGUGCAGCUCCUGCUGCAGCACGGCGCCAACGUGAACGCGCAGAUGUACUCGGGCAGCUCGGCGCUGCACUCCGCGUCUGGCCGCGGGCUCCUCCCGCUCGUGCGCACGCUGGUCCGCAGCGGCGCCGACAGUGGCCUCAAGAACUGCCACAACGACACGCCGCUCAUGGUGGCGCGCAGCCGCCGGGUCAUCGACAUCCUGAGGGGGAAGGCGACCAGGUCCGCUCCUGCAUCACAGCCAGAGCCCUCGCCGGACCGCAGUGCCACCACCUCCCCUGAGAGCAGUAGCCUCCUCAGCUCCAAUGGUCUCCUUUCUGCAUCACCCUCCUCCUCGCCCUCCCAGUCUCCCCCCAAGGACCCACCUGGAUUCCCCAUGGCUCCCCCCAAUUUCUUCCUUCCUCCCUCAUCUCCACCUGCCUUCCUGACCUUCGCUGGGGUCCUCCGAGCCCCUGGCCGGCCGGUGCCCCCCUCUUCAGCUCCAGGAGGCAGCUGAGAGGGAUGGGGGGGGCAGAUCUCAGACUCAUGCGGAGCGACCUCCCUGCCCUGUUGGGGUCGAGCCUCCUGGAAACUGUGAAAACCUCACUCUGCCCCCCCCCCCCCAUCUUCAGGACCAGGAUUUGCACAGAGGCACAAGCAUCUACCCAUAAGCCCCCUCUUCCGAGCAAAGAUAUCUUCGCGCCCCAUGCCCGCGACCCAGGACUCUUACAAACCUUUUAUCCUCUGGCACCAGACCCCUGUCUUGAGUUCCGCCCAAAUUCCUUCUCCUCUCCCAGAGCUGGUGGAACCAGGGAAUCGCCACUCCCCUCCCCCCCUCUACCCAGAUGGAUGAGGAGGGGCAGAUGGGCUGUAGCCAGGCACUGAUAACAAUGUAAAUUAUUAGGCAUUUUGGUUAGAUUUCUUUUGUAAUAAACUAUUUUUGUACCAUA